GAUUCCGCCUCCAACCAGAUUCUGGUAAAAGAGAAUUUCAAGUUCCGCGUCAGGUCCAUAACUCAACCGACUGAACAACAACAACUCCUGCAAGGUAUCGAGAAACAAUAUGCAAAAGCGAAGCUUUGGGAUAUCUGUCCAGCUGCUGCAGCUCAGAGGGAGCAGAUUUUCGAUAAGCGUCGCGCCGUGCGUUACGCGUGAUUUGCUUAUCGUUUGCGCGAGUGAUUCGUGACAACUGAAGGAGGACGCACGUGCUUGGGGUUUGUGAUGAUUGUCAAGUGGUGCUGUUUCAUUGGAUUCGCGAUCGUCACAUUUUUGGCUGAAGGGAGUUUUGCGGAAGUGCCUCCAAGCAAACCCGGAAGGGUGCCCUUCGUGGUCAGUUUGGAAGGCGAGGGAGGUGCGUUCUGUUCCGGAUCGAUUGUGGAUCCAAGAUGGAUCCUAACGAUGGCUAGCUGUGUGUGGAAUAAAUCUCCAAUGGAGUUUUCGGUUGCAAUUCAACCGGAAUCGGAUUACGAUUCCAGUGGACAUCAUGAAAGAGUUCGUAAAGUUUUCCUUCAUCCGGACUACCGAAAAAGAUCAACUUUCAGCAACGUAGCUCUGCUGUAUUUAAGCAGACCUAUCACUUGGAACGAUCGACUGGUCUCAAUCGAUAUCAGCUCGGAACUUUUCAACCCCUCGAAGCAACAAAAAUGUAUUUUAAUCGGAUGGGAACGAGAUCGCUUUAACGGAGAUUUCCAAUCCGAGCAAAUUGAGUUUCUUCCUCUGGAACAAUGUCGAUCGAAAAAUUCCAGAACAAAUGUCUGUCUCAACGGAUCGAAAACAAGCAUUUGUGAGUUUCGGAACGGAAGUCCUCUGCUGUGCAAGCGAACCGGAAGCCAGGACUUUGAGCAGGUGGCCAUAUUUUCCGGCUGGAAGGGUUGCUUACAGGAUGCCAGACACAGGUCCUGGGAGCUGUUUGUGGCCACCAGUGAGUACCUCGGUUGGAUCAAUGAAACCCUGGAUGGAGCUGCGAGUCGUGAAUGGUGGUCGAGCUCCUCGGGGGGACCAGCUUCGUCUUCGGAAGCUGUGGAACGGAACUAUUCGGUGCGAUUGUCGCAAUUCAACUGGAUGAUUGUGGCGGUUUCGUUUUUUAUGAUAAGUGUUACCAUAUUUAUAAAAGUUUUAAGGUCCGGUUUUAAAUUGUGAUUGUGAACGUACC